AUGGCCAAGCUAAACGUGCUCGUCUACGAUGGCUCGGGCGUGUCGGCCGCUUCUCGCGACAAUCUCGUGCGCUGCCUGCGGCUCUUCCUCGGCCAGCGCUACGACGUACAGCUGGUGACGCCCAAGACCAUCAAGAGCGAACCGUGGACGAACAACUGCGCCCUGCUCGUCCUGCCAGGCGGGCGGGACCUCCCCUACCUUCACGACCUUGGCGGUACUGGCAACAAGCGGAUCCGAGAAUGGGUUGAAGAGGGCGGGAGCUAUCUGGGCAUCUGCGCCGGAGCGUACUAUGCGUGCUCGUCGAUCGCCUUCGAAGUUGGGACGCCGCUCGAGGUGGCAGGCGAACGCGAGCUCGCCUUCUUCGACGGCGUCUGCAGGGGGACCGUCUUUCCCGGCUUCCAGUACGACUCGGACGCAGGAGCUCGCCAAGUCACUCUGGAGCUCAACCGCGGCGCCUGGCGGGACUACUGGCCUCGGUCGCCGGAGCGGUGCGAGGUCUGGUACAAUGGUGGAGGCGCUUUCAUCCCGGCAAGAAGGCCUGGCCAUGAUGCGGAGCUGUGGUCGGAGACGGCUGUCGCACUCGCGACCUAUUGCGACCUCGAUGACGGCCCCGCGGCUGGCGUGCUGUGCUCUGUCGGACGCGGCAAAGCCCUGCUAUGGGCAACACAUCCUGAGCAUUCUGCGGGCUCAACUGGCGACGCGGCCGCCGACGCCGCCAGAGAACGAGAUCGCCUCGGCCUAAUCAGAGCGAGCCUCUCCGCCCUCGGUCUCGAAGUCGCCGAUGCGCCCCAAACGCCCCCUCGCCUACAUCCGAUUCUCCUAGCGAGCACCGAUGCGGAUCUGCUCCAAACGACGGCGGAGGCCCUUGCGACCUCAUCCAAACCGUACGGUCCAGGUCGCGCGCUGUUCGAGGACAGGAACGACAAUUUCGUCCUCUAUGAGGCGUCGGCUGCCGCACGACUCCUGCACGAGGCUCGUCACCCACUUGACACAAUUUCCAACGACGCGGACGACCUCGCUGGGUCGGAAAAAGACGUCUGCAUCUUCGACGAAGGCUUGCCGGCGCCAGAACUCAGCCCCCUCUUCGACUUCCACCUCUUCUUCUCCCGACUGGCCGCAAGCCGCGGCGUUCCGCAUUUUGGCCGUAUUCUGAUGUACAGCGAGGUCGUCACAAGCACCCAGACGAUGCUGGACAAAAACGACGCCUUCCUCGCCAAGCUUCCUGACGGGUCGACAUGCGUUGCCUCUCACCAAGUUGCGGGACGAGGUCGUGGAGGGAACGCUUGGAUCUCGCCCGCCGGGUGCCUCCAGUUCUCCCUCGUCGCUCGACUACCCGGGUCCGCCUCCGCCAAAAUCGUCUUCGUGCAAUACCUCUUCGGUCUUGCCGUCGUCGAAGCGAUUCGCGGGACGCCUGGCUACGAAGAGCUCGGCGUCCGUCUCAAAUGGCCGAACGACAUCUAUGCUGACCUGGGCGCGGUAGCCGAAGCGCACGGGCAGGAGCGGUAUCGCAAGAUCGGCGGCAUACUCGUCAACUCGAGCUUCUCUGGCGACACCUUCUCUCUCGUUGUCGGCUGCGGCAUCAACACCAGCAAUCCUCGUCCGACUACCUCGGUGAACGACCUCAUCGAUCUUUCGAAUCGCACUCGAGGAACUAGUCUCGCUCUCUUCAGGCCAGAGACGCUGCUCGCGCUUAUUCUCGACAAAUUCAGCGAAAUGUGGCCAACUUUCGUCGAGGCUGGCUUCGAGCCCUUCACGGACCGAUACCUCUCCGCUUGGAUACACUCCAAUCAGAUCGUUACUCUCGACUCGACCUCGCAACGCGUCCGGAUACUCGGCAUCACUCCCGACUACGGCUUGCUCCGGACAGCCCCGGUCAACGACUACAGUUACGAAGACUACCUGCAACCGGCCAUCUCCAGCGCCCCUCAGCGCUUCAUCGACCUCCAGCCGGACGGGAACCGCUUCGACAUCCUCAAGGGGCUAAUUUACGCGAAGUCGGGAUGA